ACCGCCGCUAGAGGGCAGAAUUGUUCCGACCAUGUGAACGACCUGACCGGAAAACAACCAGGCAGAGCGGUGCGGAGGCAGGCAGAGGAAAGAUGGCAGCCGCGGCAGUGGCUGAGUUUCAGAGAGCACAGUCUCUUCUUGGAACUGACCGGAAUGCCUCUAUCGAUAUCUUGCAUUCAAUAGUGAAGCGGGACGUCCAGGAGAGUGAUGAGGAGGCGGUGCGUGUUAAAGAGCAGAGCAUCCUGGAGCUGGGUGGGUUGCUGGCCAAGACAGGACAGGCUGCAGAGCUUGGGGGUCUGCUGAAGUAUGUACGCCCAUUCCUCAACUCCAUCUCCAAGGCCAAGGCAGCCCGGCUGGUCCGCUCCCUGCUGGACCUGUUCCUGGACAUGGAAGCUGCCACAGGUCAGGAGGUAGAGCUCUGCCUAGAGUGCAUAGAAUGGGCCAAGACUGAGAAGAGGACCUUCCUCAGACAGGCACUAGAGGCUCGUCUCAUUUCACUGUAUUUGGACACAAAGUGCUACCAGGAGGCAUUACAACUUGGCUCCCAGUUGCUGCAGGAGCUGAAGAAGAUGGACGACAAGGCCCUGCUGGUGGAGGUUCAGCUGCUGGAGAGUAAGACAUACCAAGCGCUCAGUAACCUGCCUAAGGCCCGCGCCGCCCUUACAUCUGCCAGGACGACCGCCAACGCCAUCUACUGCCCGCCCAAACUACAAGCAGCUUUAGACAUGCAGUCAGGGAUCAUUCACGCAGCGGAGGAGAAAGACUGGAAGACGGCUUACUCCUACUUCUAUGAGGCCUUUGAGGGCUACGACUCCAUUGACAGCCCCCGAGCCAUCACAGCCCUCAAAUACAUGCUGCUCUGCAAAAUCAUGCUCAACGCGCCUGAGGAAGUCCAGGCCCUCAUCAGUGGCAAGCUAGCCCUGCGGUAUGCUGGCAGACAGACAGACUCGCUGAAAUGUGUGGCACAAGCCAGCAAGAACCGGUCGCUGGCAGACUUUGAAAAGGCACUAACAGAGUACAAAGCAGAGCUGAGGGAUGACCCCAUCAUCAGCACCCAUCUGACCAAGCUGUAUGACAACCUGCUGGAGCAGAACCUCAUCAGGGUCAUCGAACCUUUCUCCAGGGUCCAGAUAGCACACAUUUCCUCCCUCAUCAAACUCCCGAAGGGAGACGUGGAGAGGAAGUUAUCACAGAUGAUCCUGGACGAGAAGUUUCACGGUAUUUUGGACCAAGGUGAAGGUGUGCUGAUUGUCUUCGAGGAACCGGUGGUGGACAAGACGUACGAGGCGGCCCUGGAGACCAUUCAGAACAUGAGCAAAGUGGUCGACUCGCUCUACAACAAAGCCAAGAAGCUAACAUAAGAGAGAGUGAAACCAUCGGUCCUCCUGUCCGGAGUGACGCGGGCCAGUCAGACCUCCGUUGAUCGUUCACUUCAACCCGGGAGGGACGAGGGGAGGAGGACGAGGAGAUUACAAACACUAAACAACCCAGCAAGCAAACAAACCAGCUGACCAACUGAAGACGACCCAACGGAUCAACAAACUGACGGGGUGGACACACCGCUCCUCCUAGUCCUCCCUCUGCUCUCCCUCCCUCCUGUCUCUUCCUUCCAAUCUGACUGGGGUUGAUCUGACACAACGUGCUACACCCAAUGGACAAAUUCAGGCACUGUGCCCCUCUUCUCUUCUCCCACCACUGGUUUCUACUGUAUGUAAAAUUGGACAAGCCUCCCUUUCCCCUUUUUGUCCCCCGUUUCUCUCUGCGCUGGCCAUCAGGGAAUCUUGUAAGAUAACAAUAAAGAAUACAUAUACAGUACUUAUUCAUACAUGUAUUAUAUAUAAAAAAAAAAAACCAUGCUCGGUCUGUUCUCAGAGUGUAACCGGGGGUAAACGUGGGUUGGUUGGUCUGUGUCUCUUACCGGAUUCUACCUGUUCUGUUCAGCUUGCCAACCAGCCCUGAAACUGAAUGUUUGAAUUUCUGCGGUUUUGAAGAAUUGCCCCACAGUUAACUAGAUCACCUGAAGAAUGGUUUUGAAAAAGGGAGGCCCACAGAACAACCCUUCCCUUCUCCUCACAUCCUUACUACGACCUCUCGCGCCGCCCCUGUUUCACCCUGAGUGGUCUCACUCACUCACAAGGCAUUCUAGGAUUCGUGGACCAUACAGGGAAAUUGCUCUUCUGUCCACUUGGGACCAUGCCACAAGGAGAGGACAUUCAUCACCACUCUGGAGUCUCCUAUACCCCCCCUCCUACUUCCUGUUUGUAUAUAACAUUGCCAAGCAUCUCUGUUCAUCCAAAGCCUGAUGUAUUCACACUGUCCCCCCUUUUUUUAUAAUGCUUAAGAACAGAAUAAGCCUCGCCACUGAGAGCUCGGUCAGUCACACAAAGUGCUUUUGAUGCUCGACACGUGACUGGAGAGGGAACUCUGCGCUCUGACGUGAUGGUUUGUUGUGCAGAAAAGGACGGGUUUCGCUGAAGAAAAUCAAGCUGUACAUUUCUGGGAACUUAAUUUUGCAAGGACUCGGGGGUUUACCAUAUAUGACAUAGAGAAAGACAAAUACUAAUAAAAAAAAAAAAUUUAAACCUG